AUGUCUCAGCACUAUUACCAGGAAUCCACUAGAGCUGUUUCUAGCUCGCUGUUUGAUACUGCAUCAGAGGCAUUAUGUGCAAGAUUCAGGAAGUUUGAGAGGAAAGACACUCAAUUUCAGGAAUUUGUCAGGAAGGUCAUAAGGAGUCCCAUCUUUCAGAACAUUAUGAUUAGUGCUAUCACAAUGAAUGCCGUCUUCAUGGUCUUAUGGACUGAUUAUAAAUUAAGGUACAAGUUGUUCAGAGUUUUUGAGAUCUCAGAAGUCCUUUUUGUCUCCACUUAUGCCUGUGAGUUCUUCAUGAAAGUCUAUGUGGACCCCAUCAAUUACUGGAAGGAUGGCUAUAACCUGCUGGAUGUGGUCAUUAUCGUCAUUAUUUUGGUGCCUUAUUCUCUCCACAAGAUCAAGGGAAAACAUUAUAGGUACCACAACAUCGCUGAUGGCAUACAGUCCCUGCGCAUCCUCAAGCUCAUCCCCUAUAGCCGAGGCAUCAGGACCCUCAUUACUGCUGUGGGCCAGACAGUCUACACCAUGGCCUCUGUGUUGACCCUACUCUUUAUCCUCAUGUUUAUCUUCGCUAUCUUGGGAUUCUGCCUGUUUGGAGUUCCAGAGAAGGGAGACCUGGAUAAUUGGGGGAAUCUGGCUGUGGCUUUCUUCACCCUCUUCAGCUUGGCCACGGUUGAUGGCUGGACAAAUCUGCAGGAACAGCUGGACAAGAGGAAGUUUACUGUGAGCCGGGUAUUCACUAUCAUCUUCAUCUUGCUUGCUUCCUUCAUCUUCCUCAACAUGUUUGUGGGUGUGAUGAUCAUGCACACAGAGGACUCCAUUAAGAAGUUUGAGCGGGAGCUGAUGAUGGAGAGGCACAUGAUGCUUACGGAGGAGAAGCAGUUGAUCCUGAAGCGGCAGCAGGAAGAUGUCAGUAGACUGGUGAACACACAGAAAAGUGGUGGCAAGGGUUUCAGUGAGCUGGUGGAGGACUUCAAGACGACCCUUCGGCACACUGACCCCAUGGUCUUGGAUGACUUUGGCACCAGCCUCCCCUUCAUCAAUGUCUACUUGUCCACUCUGGACAACCAAGAUGCUACUGUCAAAAAGCUUCAGGAGCUGUACUAUGAGAUUGUGAAUGUGCUCAACCUCAUGCUUGAAGACUUACCCCAGGAGAAGAAGUCCCAUAGCUCAGAAAUUCUCAGUGACAGAUAAUUGGACAUGCAUGAUGUAUACAAGCACCAGAGGCCUCAAAAGCUGUG